AUGCUUGUUACCGCUUCUGACUUGAACGAAACUCCUCUGGAUUACGAAAAUGAGCGCAUAUUUCAGAGGAACCGACUUCCUCCACGAGCCUAUGCUCUUCCUGAACAAUCAUUACUUUUAAAUGGUCGUUGGCGAUUUCAUUAUGCAGCUCGUCCAGCACUCGCUCCUCUGCCGUCCGAUAAGUUAGACGAUGCUUCAACUAUCGAUGUUCCAGGCCAUUGGCAACUUCAAGGGUACGGGAAUCCUCACUACACAAACGUUCAAUACCCCUUCCCUGUCGACCCACCACAUGUUCCAUCAGAGAACCCAACUGGAACAUAUGAAAGGGACUUCCAUAUCCCUCGGAAAUGGGAAAAUAGUGGGGAGUUGUCUUACAGACUUCGAUUUGAGGGCGUUGACAGUGCGUUCCAUCUCAGCGUGAAUGGCGUUGAAGUCGGGUACUCUCAGGGAAGCCGGAAUGCAGCAGAGUUUGAUGUUACCGAUCUCGUCAAAUUCGGAGCAGAUGGCGUCAACAAAGUCCGUCUUACUGUUUAUCAGUGGUGCGAUGGAAGUUAUAUUGAAGAUCAAGAUCAGUGGUGGUUAUCAGGCAUUUUCCGCGAUGUUCACUUGAUUGCUUUCCUCAAGCGAGGUCACAUUGAGGAUUUCACCAUCAGGACAGAGCUUGACAGCGAAUACGAAAAUGCAAAGUUGGAAUUGCACCUUCAACACGUGCUAUCCACAUCCAGCACGAUCAAAAUUGAGUUGAGGAGCCCCGGGCCGACUCAGCAAACCAUUGUUUGCGAGAAUGCAUAUCCAGUACAAGCGAACUCAUCAGAGAGUCUUUUUACCAUCGAUGUUGCAAAGCCUCAGAAAUGGACCGCUGAGACGCCAGCAUUAUACGAUCUCAGCAUCACACUUCUCGAUGGCUCAAACUCGCUUCAGAAGAUACAGCAACGUGUUGGGUUUCGUCGAGUUGAGAUCAGAAAUGGCAAUCUCCAGGUCAAUGGGAAAGCCAUCCUUCUUCGAGGAGUUAACCGACAUGAUCAUCAUCCCGAACUUGGACGAGCCGUCCCUCAGGACUUUAUUAGACAGGAUCUGCACUUGAUGAAACAGCACAAUAUCAAUGCGCUACGCUGUUCUCAUUACCCUUCAUCUCCCGAGCUCUAUGAUAUGGCAGAUGAGCUCGGUCUCUAUGUCAUCGAUGAGGCUGAUCUGGAGUGUCAUGGCUUUUACGAUGCCGUUGCUAGGCCACAAGCAAUCCCUGAGAGCAUGCCUUACGAGGACCGCAAAGUCUUGACAUUCCCCCAGUCAGCCAAGUUCACUUCAGAUAACCCAUCUUGGCAGGAGGCAUAUGUGGAACGGAUGCGGCAACUCGUUCUUAGAGACAAAAAUCACCCUUGUAUCAUCAUCUGGAGUCUCGGCAACGAAGCAUUUUAUGGUCGAAACCACAAGGCAAUGUACGACUGGGUGAAGGAAAUCGACCCCACGAGACCUGUCCAUUAUGAAGGCGAUGUGAAGGCAGUUUCAGCGGACAUGUUCAGCUACAUGUACCUUCCAGUUGAGCAGCUUGUAGAGCGUGCUAUGGAUGAAGGAGACAACUUCAAGAAGCCUAUCAUCCUUUGCGAGUAUGCACAUGCGAUGGGCAAUGGACCAGGCGGGUUGAGAGAAUAUCAAGACGCAUUUAACAAGUACCGAAGACUUCAAGGCGGAUUCAUCUGGGAAUGGGCCAAUCACGGCUUGGUCAAGAAGCUUGAAGACGGCACUACCUUCUAUGGUUAUGGUGGGGAUUUUGGGGACACGCCAAAUGAUGGUAACUUCGUUAUGGAUGGCGUCUGUACUUCAGACCAUAAACCUGGACCUGGCUUGGUGGAACUCAAGAAAGUCUUUGAGCCUGUUGAUAUGGCGAGAGCAGGGGACGAACUGGUACUGACCAAUAGAUAUGAUUUCCUUGCACUGGAACAUCUCCGAGCAGAAUGGAAGGUUUCAAGCUUCUCUGUCGGGGCUUCCGAAUCAGUUGUAGCAUCCGGAAGUCUUCCGCUACCAGCAAUUCCAGCCGGAGGCAGCGCCAAGGUUGCCAUUCCAGGGCUCGAACAUAUUAUCCAUGAUAGCAGUGAAUGGUGGAUCUCCAUAUCACUCAGCACCACGACGGAGAGUUUGUGGUCGCAUUCUGGGCACGAGAUUGCUUGGGCUCAAUUCUCGAUCAACUCUAUCGCUUCGUUCGAAGUUGUAGAUUCGCCUCGACCAAACAACUAUGCAACGUUCUCAGACAGUCGCACUACAGUGACGAUCUCGAAUCUCGAUUUUGCAUUCGAGUUUGACAAGACUGUUGGCCAGAUUACGAAGUGGUCUAUUGGAGGGACAGAUGUGUUUGAUGGCGCCAAUGGUCCACAACUGACGUUCUGGCGAGCACCGACUGACAAUGAUGCUCCCAUUGAUGCAGAGAUGUGGAAGCUGUUUGGCGUCGAUUCAAUGACGCAGCAAAUCAGAUCUGUCCAAGCUACUGAAGACUCAGGCACUUUCAACAUCAUCGUGAAGAGCUGGAUCAGUCCGCCCAUUCUCGCCUGGGGAUUCGAUACCAUCACAGUCUACACAAUCCAUGGCGAUGGCGAGAUCUGUAUUCAUGUCACAGCAGUACCUCGCGGACCUAUGCCAAAAGUUCUGCCUCGAUUCGGACUCGAGAUGGAGAUGAAUAAAGACACCCGAGCCAUCAAGUGGUUUGGUCGCGGUCCGGGCGAGAGCUACAGGGACAAGAAGGAAGCCGGCAAAAUCGGUGUUUGGUCAAAAACAGUUGACGACAUGAUGGUGAACUACGAGUACCCGCAAGAAAACGGCAACAGAACAGAUGCGAGAUGGGUUCAUCUUACAAAUGGGAAGGGAAAUGGCAUUCGAGCAACGCUCACUUGCGAAAAGCCAGUACGAGAGAAGGGAUUCGAUUUUAAUGUUCAGAGGUUCUCGGCACAUGAGUUGCAGAAGGCCAAACAUCCGCACGAAUUGGGGAAGAGUGAUAAAGUUCUAUUCCGCAUCGAUGGCGGGCAUCACGGACUUGGGGCUGCAUCUUGCGGCCCUGGAGCUCCUGAAGCUCACCAGCUUGCGUGCCAGACGCUUGAUUUCACCGUUGACCUAGUGGCCAUUUAG